AUGGCACUCCUAUUCUCAAGGUCAGCUCAUGUACUUUGUUUGCUCAUAUUGGCAGUACAGUUGAAAAUGACUCGUAAUAUAGGAGCACUGCAGUACAUUGUCAUUACUAGGCCGGAGACUGCCUUCUCUGUCAACAGGGUGUGUCAAUUCAUGCAAAAACCUCUUGAUCAGCAUUUUAAAGCAGUCAAGCAUAUACUAAGAUAUCUACAAACCACUAUGGAUUAUGGUAUAUCCUUCAAAGCAGUGUAUCGGUUGUCUCUAGUUGUGUACUCUGAAGUAAAUUGGGGAACUAAUCUAGAUGACAAGCGUUCCACCACUGGGUUUUGUGCUUUUCUAGGAGGAAAUCCUGUGUCUUGGGGCUCUAGGGAACAAGAAGUGGUCUCUCAUUCAACUACAGAAGCUGAAUAUAGGAGCUUAGCUCAUGCCACUAUAGAAGUUAUUUGGCUAGAGCCUUUGAUGUCUGCAUUAUAA